UGUUCCAAGGUGAGGGUUGUGAACCGCCUCCACCCAGCGGCGCUGUGACUCCCCCUUCGGCUCCCCCUGUGCACACACCUCCGACCGCUGUGACACCGGAGCAUGCUAGUAAUGCACAGGGGGCGACCCCUCGACCGGGGGAGGGCGCCUUCGAAGGAGAAGUGUUGGGGGUGGAGGUCUUCCCCCGAGGGGACAGGUCGGCAUGGAAAUGUCAGGCCAGCAGAUGCUGCUAAGAACAGCGAGAGCUGCGGGGAGGACGAGACAACAGUGUUGUGUCGGGCGCGGAACGAAGCGAAGGAGGUUUUGGGUGAUUAUACGGAUGCGAUGGGGAGGGCAAGUGCGAAGGCCGGCUUCUGGAAGAUGGUUGCUGAUCGUAUGUGGGAGAAAGGUUUUAAUCGUGAUGAAGACCAGUGCAAAGGAAAGUUCCAUCAAGUGAUGGACUUCUACCGCAGGUUGAAGAUCCACGAGAAGUGGUCCGGUCUCCCAAGCUAUUGGGACAUGAACCAGACGAAGCGCAAGAGAUACAAUGUGGACUUCGUUCUCAGGCGAUCGUGGUACGACGUCAUCGACCCUGUGGAAAAGGACACAUACUCUAUCAGCUUGUCACAGCUGCGGGAUCCCAGAGCACAACAGGAAGCACGUGAAGAAGCUCAGGAAAAGGGGAACUAUCAUACCACCACGGAGGGGCUGAGCGAGGAAGCGGGCGGAGGUUCGUCAGGUGGGGCUGCAGGAGGGAACAGGGGAAGCAUUUUUUACUCCACAUUGGGCAAACGUAAAAGAGUAGCUAGUAAUGCCCGUGAGACCAGUAUGAAGGCUGUCACAGGAGCUAUGCGUGACCACACAAUCGCUGUUACGCGAUCCGACCGUGAGUGUGCAAAGAUGCGGUGUGACGUCGCACGUGAGCUUGCGAUCCAGCAGCUGGAGGCGCAGAGACAGACUGUGGACAAGGACAUUGCAGCGCGUGAGAGGGUGGCAUCCAUAAUGGGGGGGAAGGUCGAGAACGGAUACAUGGUCCUCGCUGAUGCGAUCCGCAGUCUGCGUAGUCCACGGAACUGUGGUGGAUCGACUCAAUCUGACUGUACGGACUCCGGGUAGAAGGAUCGGAGUGGAUAUGCUUUGUUUUGAUGUGUAGUGGGAAGUUGUUGGCGAAUCAUCCGCCUUCUGAUCCAACCACGGACUUUAUGCAAGCCGCGUGAACGAACCAUAGUCAUUUACCAUAGCCAGCAAAUGUCUUAGACAAGAAGCGCUUAUUCGAAAGU